AUGUAUAAGGGACUAGGAUCCCAGCAAGAUUUCAUACUCCCUCUUCGUCUCUAUUCCACAAUUCAAUCUUCGCAGAGCCUAUUAAGUCCAUUACUGGAACGUUCCCGUCAAGUGUGGGAAGAAGUUCCCCUCUGCCGAGCUGUCAAAAUCACCGCUAAUUACCACUCUGAAUCUGAAUCCUUGUUAAACCUACCGCUAAUUACCACUCUGAAUUCUUACAAAUCCAGGCGACGUUGCGUGAUAACUACGAUAAACAAGUGGAAAGAAGUUCCCUUACAGAUCCAGGCGACGUUGCGUGAAUCAAACAUGCCACAUCCAGUAGUUGAUUCCAACUUUAAAACAUAUCGCCUUAAGCCAAGAAAUGUUCCAAAGUCAAUCGUGAACUUUGUGAAAGAUCUAAUUGAAUUCAACAAUACUAAAGAGUUCGAGAGAAUACGGCAAGCUUACGAACAGAAUUUCGAAGCCCACGUACUUGCAACCAUUUCAAACCCAAUACUGAAGGACCCUAAUAAAGUGUAUAAUGAUGACGAAUUUACGGAAGAAAGUCCAACAUGCAAAAAUAAUCGGAAAAGGAAACUAGGAGGUGACGAAUUACCAGGUUACGAUGGAUUAGUAUUUCUAUUUAGUGAUUCGAACGAAGAUACCAUUAUAGAGAAAAUUGACGAUAAUGCCCUUGAGGAAAGAAAAUUGCCACUAGCGAGUGAUAAUAAGUUAAGAUCUUAA